CUUUUCAAUAGUUGCUACAGUAUAUACUUCAAAGACACAAAUCACUCACCAGGGUAUAUAAUUAAUUCAAAAUGGGUAAAAGUCAUGGUUUGAGAUCUAGAACUCGUUACGCUUUCAGUCGUGACUUCAAGAAGCAUGGUGCUCCAGCUAUGUCCACCUACCUGAAGACCUACAAGGUUGGUGACAUUGUUGACAUCAAGGUUAACGGUGCUAUCCAUGACGGUAUGCCAUUCAAGUUCUACCACGGUAAGACUGGUAUUGUUUACAACGUCACUAAAUCCGCUGUUGGUGUUAUUUGCAACAAGGUUGUUGGUCACAGAUACAUUGAAAAGAGACUUAACAUCAAGAUUGAGCACGUUAAGCACUCCAAGUGUAGACAAGAAUUCUUGAACAGAGUCAAGGAAAACUCUGCCAAGAGAGCUGUUGCUAAGGCUUCUGGCGAAAAGGUCCAAUUAAAGAGACAGCCUGCUGGUCCAAGAUCUUCCAGAGUUGUUUCUGGUGUCCCAACCACCUUGGCUCCAGUUGCUUAUGAAACUUACAUUUAAGAAAGUUGUUCAGAAGUUAUAUUUUUCUACUACUGUCUAUUUGUGUCUUUAUAAGUUAAGUUAAUAAUUCCUCUUUAUUUUAUAGAUAAGAGAAUAUGCUUUGCGAAUAAUAAAACCGUUCCAUCUUCAUCCCC